AUGACCAGUGUUUCUCGAGAAACGCCUGAAAUACGGCGGGAACUGCGAAAUCUCCCGGAGAAUUGGAUCGACACGCUUUUCGGAGAGUUAUACAACGGAUCUCUGCAAGUCACUGACUGUCACAGGAGGUACCAAGGGGCAAAUGGCUGUAUAGAGUCGCAAAUUCCAUUGAAUUUGUGGGAGUUUGGCUCAGGACAGAAAGAACGUCUCAGCGAGAAAAUCGAUAUCACGGGCGGCAAUGAAGUAUCGGAAAACGUUGAGGGAGAGACGAACACCUCCGACAACGAGUGGAAUGUUUCCGAAAAUGAGUCAGACACAGAAAAUCCGUCACUCGAUUUGGAGAAAGAGGAUUCAGACGAUGUGGAAUUGGAUAGCUUUGAAAUGAAGUCAUCCGAUGUAGAGGGGAUAACUUUAAUAGAUUUAUUCACUAAGUCGAAGGCAGAGUGGGAAGCGAGAAAAACGAGUUUUUUCAAGUCUGGAGAAGUCAAAAAGAAGUCAGAUGAUGUCCAGAAAGAGCCGGAAAUUUCGUCGAGAAUAACCGAAGACGUUGAGAAACCUGAAGAUUGUCCGAAAGAAGCGACAGAGUACAUUUACGCAAAGAUAAGAGACGUUCGGAAGGAGUCCCAAAUCGUCGAGGAAACGCCAAACGAUGGCGAGAAAGAUCCAGAAAACGUUAAAAAUGAGACGGAAAAUGUUAACAACGAGGCAAAAGAAGACAUUUUCCUGGAGGCCGAAGGCAUCCAAGAAAAGUCUGAAAAUCCUGAACUGGAAUCAGAAGAAAGCGAGAAGAGAGCUGGAGACGUUACUAUGGUACCGAAUUCGGACGAUUCGUUGACAAAAGAAGUGGACUCGGGCACACUCGAAAAUGCAGAAAACGUCACGGUGAUCGCUACAGAAGAGUCAGAUGAUGUUGAGGGGAAGCCAGUAGAUAAAAAGGAGAUACCCGAUGAUUCGCAAAAGAAAACGACUGUGUUGGAGCUAGAAGACGCUAAGCGAGAAGUAAUCGAUAACGUCGAGGAAGAUUCCUACGACGAAGAGUCAGAAAGAAUACGACGACGAAGUAUCCGGUUAGAGAAAGAGGCAGGUGUAGAAGCUUCUGGAGUCUUUCAAUCUCCAGAAAUACGUUCAGAAGAUAAAGCUAAAAGUGAGACGUCAUUUGAUGAAGAUACUGAAAUUGAGACAUCAGAUGAAAUCGUGAUAUAUCAAUCCUACUUUGAUGAUGUUAAGCCAGAAACAGAGCAUAUUUUGCACCUUCGGAAAAUUGCCAAACACGAAAUUCAAUUUUUCAAAUCGCAAAGUCUCGUUCUUCAAUGUCAACAAGCAUCCGAAAAUGCGCUUCUGGAAAUCAAGCAGUGCAAGUAUCCGGAUUACGAGAUGCUCAGAAAGGCUGCUUUCAUCACGCCGAAAGUUGAAUUCAAUGAAGGAAUUCCGGAGAUAAUAAAACAGAAGUUUAUGAGUCUUCUUGUCAGAAUUUCACAACUCAAAUCACAAUUUCUGAUCAUUCAAUCUCAAAGUGCAUCGAAAAUGGCUCGUUUGUUCCUCGUAAAUCAACAAAAUCGAAUGGGUUUAGUGAUGACUGAGACGAAUUGUGACAUUUUGGAGGCAUUUCAAGAAUAUCACGGAUAUCCAACAAGUAUUCAGGAACUUCUGAGCGAUCUCGAAGAAAAUAUUGCUCAGAAUAAACUGCAUUCUAUGAUUUUAUCGAAUCAAUGGGCAUCGAGAAGCACUACGAAUGAUUUCGAAGAACCAGUUGUUAGGAAUACUGAAAUUACGAUUCUCCGUGCUGAAAAUCUGCUGAAAUCGCUAGGAUUCGGAGAGUUCACACCAGAAAUAAUACUACUUCAAGUGAUAAACUUCUUGGAACAAUUCGAUCGAUACAAGGCUCAAAACCUUGUGAUUCAAUGCCAGAAUGCUUCGAAAUUUGCCCGUAUCUCGGUUAUACAAGACGAAUAUCUCGGAUUAUUUACAUUCUCAUCCGUCCCUGAAUUUACAAAUCGACAAGUUUCAAAUCAAUCGGAAGCCAUUGAUGCCCAUCAAUUGGAAGAUAUAGUAUUUCCAGAGGAAUAUAUAGCUGAAUCGCCGAAUCCUGAUGACUCAUGGCUUCAAUUCUUCAAUAUUCCGUCACCACUCGAUCUCUCAACACUUCAUGUUGACGAGUCGUUGUUAGUCAAUUCGCUUGACGUGUCCGUGUCAUCAAUACUCUCCGAAAUGCCCGACGUCAAUUUGAGCGAGAAACUUAUCGGACAGGAUAUUGCGAGUCCAUCUGGACGUCGUCGUGUGUUGAGAAUUUGUCAAAAUCUCAAUGCGUUGGUUAAUUGCACAGAGGACUAUUUUCCAUUCAAUGAAUACGACGGCCCUCAAGUGUUCUCCUUGCAUCUCCCGUCCACUUCACGAAACGAACAACCGGAGAGACUGAUUCGGUACUCGAAUCCACGUCAUCGCUACAGAGAGACACCCAAAGUGAUCGAAGAAGAAGAAGAAAAUCUGUGA